AGCGGCAGCACGGGCUCUUGUUUGCAGUUCCGCAGUUCGCCACGGCAAAGCUGCGGUGCGCUUCGCAACAUGGGUCGGCUGAAGGGCAUCCCCGACAUCUUGUCGCCCGACCUGCUGCACGUCCUGGCGUCCAUGGGCCACGGCGACGAGAUCGUGCUGGCGGACGCCAACUACCCCUCGGCCUCGACGGCGCGGGCCCGCGGCGCCCGGGAGCUGCGCGCGGACUUUCACAGCGUCUCGGCGCUGCUCGACGCCAUCUUGCAGUUCUUCCCGCUCGACACGUACGUGGACAAGCCGGUGGCGGUGAUGCGGCCCACGGCCUCGGACCGGCAGAAGGGCGUCACCGUGGACAUCUGGGACCGCUACAAGGACGUGAUGCGCAGCAGGACUGGCCGCAGCUGGGGGUUCGACGAGCUGGAGCGCUUCGACUUCUACGAGCGCGCCAAGGGCGCCUACGCCGUGGUGCAGACCGGGGAGACGGCGCUGUACUCCAACGUGAUCCUGAAGAAGGGAGCCAUCGCCGACUGACACCUCGUGCACGCCUGACGCGCCAAUAAACGGAACAAACAAGCA